AUGGUUGAGAUGUUAGUUCUGCUGUUGGCCGUCCUACUUUUGUUCCCCGUUUUAACGUGUAAAUGUGGCCAUUGCGGCACGCCACUAUUACCCUGUACUCAACGUCAUACAGUCCAGAAACUGAAAGGAAUACAGGCACGCUGGGAAGACUCAUCUACUAUCUUGCUUUCUCCAGGGGAAGUAGCACUGCCGGAAGAUGAUGUCAUGGCUGUGUUGUAUGAAGCUGCAGUGUCUUUGCUUCAUGAUGCUGGGUUCAAAAGAUAUGAAGUUUCUAACUUUGCUCGAGGAUCUGAAGCUGAAUGUUUGCACAACAAGUUGUACUGGAAGAAUUCACAAUACAUCGGUGUUGGACCAGGAGCUCAUAGCAGAGUUGUACUAAAAAACGAUACUCUAUUGAAAUCAGAGAGUUUAAAACACCGUCAUACAAGAGAUCAAGACAAAACAAUUGACUUAGGAGUUAAAGUAAAUAGCGCACACAAAAAUCUACUGACCAGAAAAUUUUGCCGUGCUGCAAUUGUAAAUGCAGCUGAUCCAGUAAGUUGGCUGCGGGAAGUUCAGCUUCAUGGAACAGGGACUCGUAACAUCAAAUUUCAAACCAGGUUAGAUAUCUUACAUGAAUAUGUUGCCUCUGGAUUAAGGACAAGUGAAGGGAUUACUGCUGACAUAUGGCAAUCUUUCUGUCCAUGGAGAACCCUAGUUGAUAUAUUUCAGGAAGACACACUUUGGCUUCAAGAGAAGAAUUUAUUGGACAUUUCUGAUACCUAUAUGAAAGCUACAGAGUUAGGAUUAAAUGUAUUGGAUUAUAUAUUGCCAUAUCUAAUUAAUAUUGUUGAGAAGGAGCUAAACAGAUAGGUUAAAUUCCAAAUAGUCUCUGAGAGACUGUCUCCCCCAAAACACAUAUAAUUUAGCCAUUUUAAGUUUUAUGCAUGUAUGUUGUUUGAAAUAAAGUGAUUUAACUUCUU